AUGGGGUUUAACUUCCUACAUGCGAAGCUUAUGGGACUUUGGAAGCCAGCAGGAGAGUCGACAUGGUUCCCCUCGGUAGCGGUCUGGGUAAGACUCUAUGAGUUACCCAUCGAAUACUAUGAGGUGGAAGUCCUCCAACAAAUAGGUGGGAAUAGUGCUUCGUUGGAUAUGCACACUACAACGGAGGCUAGGGGCCGAUAUGCACGUAUUUGUGUACAGGUUGACAUUAGUAAACCUCUAAUCACCUCGGUCCGCAUCGGGCAACGUAACCAACCAGUCGUUUAUGAAGGAGUUAGCAAGUUAUGCUUCUCCUGCGGUUGGCUAGGCCACCGAAAAGAGACGUGCCAAUAUACCAUCAAGCCUCCGUCACCGCCACCGAAAGAAUCCAAGGUGCUAAACGACGCUAAAAUUACAAGUCAAACACCAACUAUGUCUGAGGCGCAAACAAAGGCUCAAACCAAGGAUCAUAAUUCCUUGGAUAGCGUGGACUCUGACGCCUCCUUUGGUCCUCAGAUGGUGGUUUCACGUAAAAGGAACGACAACAAAAGGGUUAAGCAAAAUAGCCCGAGCUCACUGCCUGGUAAUGGAAAGACUCACCAUCAAGAAAAGCAAAUAGAGCCGUUAAAGAAUUCUAGUGUUAAAAAGGUUUGGGCUGGGCCAAGCAAAGUUAAAGAAUCGAAUGGGAAAAGGAAAGCCGAACUCGAUUUGAUUAUAAGCCCAACCUUGAGUACUUCCCCUCUGGAUGAACAUUUAACCACCUUCUUAAGUGGGUUAGUAUCUACGAGUUCAGGACAGAAUCCUAUAGAGAGUAUGGGCCGAUCCAGCAAAGAUUUGAACAAACAUGAGCCCAAAACUAAUUCUGUCAAGGGUAAAAAGGAGUUUGCGCAUAAUAAGGCAUUACUACCAACUUAUAUCACUGCUGCAUCAGAUAAAGCAACUUUUAUCCUUGCCGCUUCAGACAAAACAAGCUUCUCCACUCCCACCGACUGGUCUACAAGCAUCUCUAAACUUCGAACUAAGCUGAAUGGAGAGUUCAAAUUCGGUGCAAAGCCAAACAACAAAAUGGGCAAUCAACGUGGACGGGUUGAUUGUGGAGAUUUCGAAGGUGAUUGUAGAGGAAAUCCGAGCUUACCCAACACGCCCAUGGGAUAG